AUGUCGGAUUUGGGGAUAGUUGACGAUCAAAGUGCCUCAUACUUGGACAUUGAUGAUAUUUUGAUGACAGAAAACAAGAUCUCCUGCCGAGCGAGAUACGAUCUUGUAGAUCUUGAGCUCCGAAGAACGGCAGAGGACUUCCAUGAGGGAAAGAAAGUGGAUCUCCCAAUUUGGAUGGCAAUGAGGCUCAACGAAUUCUUCCGCCACGAGAUUCCAAAACAAUACAACACUCAUUUCCAAGGCAUUUUGAAUGCUGAUCCAGAAGUCGUAAAUUUGCAUAAAGAGGGUCCAAAAUACUUUGCCAUGGGACUGCAGUUGACGAGUGAGAACUUCGAUUUUGCUGACGACGAGGACAUUAUCAACAUGUGCCAAACUCUACUUCAAGCGUCGGCGCGGCGAGUCAGCUGGAUUAGCGAUAUGGCCGCCGCCGACCAUUAUCAACAGUCGAAGGUUGAUUCCAAACUCGACGAUAUGGAAAAGGAGAUGUACGCGAAGGCUAUCUCCGAGAGAAAAUCAUGGGAAGACUGGACUCGCGGUAUGUCAAACAGACUGACGGAAUCGAAAUUCAUCGCGAAAUCAAGGAAGAGAAAGCGCGAUGCAUUAGCCCAAAAGAACAACUGA